AUGGCGAGCGGCACGACCACGAGAAGCCAUGCAGAUUUGUGUUCCACGACGGGGUUCGGCCUUUUGGCAGCAGCGCCCCAGCAGCACCACAGGUCAGCUCGACCACCUCACACUAACAGCACUGAGCGAGUGGGCCGCGAUGCGUCGCCAGGCAUACUGGAUCCUGUGAUUCCUGUCGCUGCAACAAGUCAAUGCUUGCUGUUCGACUUACUGCAAGGCUCGCGGCUGGAAAUGCACGUCAACGCGAAGCGCUCGAUCAGCGCGGAGCGAGAAUGA